GCAAACAGCACUGACCUAGCUUCUCUCUCUCUUCCCCCCCCAUCUCUCCUGCUCAUCCGUCCAUCUGUCCACUGUGCUGUGCAUCCAUCCCUCCCUCCAUCCCUCUAUCCAUUCCUUUAUCUGUCCAUUGGUCCGUCCACCCAUUGUUUUAUCCAUCUGCCUGUCAUUCUAUCUGUCCCUUCAUCAUUCCAUCCAUCCAUCAUGCCACCUCUUUCUCAUUCUGUCCAUCCAUUUCUCUGGCUCAUCCAUUGUCUUAUCCGUCCAUCUGGCCAUCCAUUGUUUACCAAUUUAUUUGUCCAUCCCUCUACCCUUCCGUCCAUUGUUCAAUCAUCCAUCCAUCCAUUCCUCUGUGCAUUCAUCCAUUGCUUCAUCCAUCCAUCCAUUGUGCUCUUCUUUCAUCAUCAUAUCUGCCCAUCUAUCUGUCCAUCCACCUAUCCAUCCUUUUACCUCUCAUCUAUCCAUCCAUCAUUUAUUCUCUUCCUCUGUCCAUCACUCCAUCUACCCAUUCUUUGUUCCCUCCAUCUGCCCUUCCAUCUAUUAUUCCACCCAUCCCUUGUUCCAUCUCUCCACCCAUUGGUCGGUCUGUCUGUCUGUCCGUCCAUCCAUCCUUGCGUCCGUCCAUCUAUCUGUCCAUUCCUCCGUCCAUUAUUUUAUCCAUCGUUCUUUCCAUCCCAUUUCCAGGCUGCCCCCUCCGUGCCCUGUACUCUGACCCUCCUGUGCUGCCCCUCGCUUGCCAUGGAGCGCAACAGACCCCUGCACCCUUGCUAGCCCCACCCCUGCUGCCCCCCCUUGCCCCACCCGCUCGCGCUCUUUCUCUUUCUCUCUCUCCCCUAGCAUCCUCUGCUCCCAGGUGCCAUGUGGGGCGCCCUCGCUUCUCAGGCUGGCCUGGCCUUGUUGUUGUGGGCAGCGGGGCCCAUCUGGGGCGGGGGCGGCAGCCGGGGCGUGGACGACCGCUUCCCUGUGGUGGCCACCAACUUUGGGAAGCUCCGGGGCAUCAAGAAGGACCUGAACAACGAGAUCCUGGGGCCUGUGGUGCAGUUCCUGGGGGUGCCCUACGCCACACCGCCUGUGGGGCCCCGGCGUUGGCAGCCCCCUGAGGCCCCAGCCUCGUGGGCAGCCGUGAGAAAUGCCACGGCCUUUGCCCCCGUCUGCCCCCAGAAUGUCCAUGGCGUCCUCCCAGCCAUCAUGUUGCCCGUGUGGUUCACGGACAACCUGGAGGGGGUAGCGGCCUACGUCCAGAACCAGAGUGAGGACUGCCUGUAUCUCAACGUCUACGUGCCCACCGAGGACGGUCCACUCACAAAAAAACGGGACGACCCGUCUGGAAACAAUCCCUCAGCUGAUGAAGACAUCCGGGACAGUGGGAAGAAGCCAGUGAUGCUCUUCAUCCAUGGCGGGUCCUACAUGGAGGGCACGGGCAACAUGUUCGACGGCAGUGUGCUGGCCGCCUAUGGCAAUGUCAUCGUGGUCACCAUGAACUACCGGCUUGGCGUGCUUGGGUUCCUCAGCACGGGGGACCAGGCGGCCAAGGGCAACUACGGGCUGCUGGACCAGAUCCAGGCGCUGCGGUGGCUCAACGAGAAUAUCGGGCACUUUGGGGGCGACCCCGAGCGAAUCACCAUCUUCGGCUCGGGUGCCGGUGCGUCCUGCGUCAACCUGCUCAUCCUCUCCCACCACUCGGAAGGUCUCUUCCAGAAGGCCAUUGCACAGAGUGGGACAGCCAUCUCCAGCUGGUCUGUCAACUACCAGCCCCUCAAGUACACUCGCCUGCUGGCCUCCAAGGUAGGCUGUGACCACCUGGACACGGCCGAGGCAGUGGAGUGCCUCCGCCGCAAGCCCUACCGUGAGCUGGUAGACCAGGACAUCCAGCCAGCCCGGUACCACAUUGCCUUUGGGCCCGUGGUGGAUGGAGAUGUGGUUCCUGAUGACCCCGAGAUCCUGAUGCAGCAAGGCGAGUUCCUCAACUACGAUAUUCUCAUCGGGGUGAACCAGGGUGAGGGGCUGAAGUUCGUGGAGGACUCGAUGGAGAAUGAGGACGGGAUCUCAGCCAGCUACUUCGACUUCACCAUCUCCAACUUUGUGGACAACCUGUACGGGUACCCAGAGGGCAAGGACAUCCUGCGGGAGACCAUUAAGUUCAUGUACACAGAUUGGGCCGAUCGGGACAACGGGGAGAUGAGGAGGAAGACCCUCCUGGCCCUCUUCACUGACCACCAGUGGGUGGCCCCGGCAGUUGCCACGGCCAAGCUCCAUGCCGAGUACCAGUCACCCGUCUACUUCUACACCUUCUACCACCACUGCCAGACGGACACACGGCCGGAGUGGGCUGACGCAGCCCAUGGGGAUGAGAUCCCCUACGUCUUUGGUGUUCCCAUGAUUGGGGCCACCGACCUCUUCCCCUGCAACUUCUCCAAGAAUGAUGUCAUGCUGAGCGCUGUGGUGAUGACCUACUGGACCAACUUUGCCAAGACAGGUGACCCCAAUCAGCCAGUCCCCCAGGACACCAAGUUCAUUCACACCAAGCCCAACCGCUUUGAGGAGGUGGUGUGGACGAAGUUCAACACCAAGGACAAGCAGUAUCUACACAUUGGCCUCAAGCCCCGCGUCCGUGACAACUACCGAGCCAACAAAGUGGCCUUCUGGCUGGAGCUGGUGCCCCACCUCCACAACCUCCACGAGAUCAUCUACACAUCCACCACCACCCGCCUCCCGCCCUAUGGCACCCGCUGGCCCCCUGGCGGGCGCCCAGGGCCCAGUACUACCCGCCGCCCCUUCCCUACGCUCCCGCCUGACGAGGACGAGACGGACGACCGGCGCCGCUAUGCGCCCUUCCCAGGGGACUCCCGUGAUUACUCCACGGAGCUGAGCGUGACGGUGGCUGUGGGGGCCUCUCUGCUCUUCCUCAACAUCUUGGCCUUUGCUGCCCUCUACUACAAGCGGGACAAGAGGCAUGAGCUGAGGGGAGCGCCGGGGGGCAGUAUGGUGGCUGUGGGGGCAGCAGCGGCUCGUCGCCUCAGUCCCCAACGCAACGCAGCCAAUGACCUCCUCCACGCUGGGCAGGAGGAGGAGAUCAUGUCGCUGCAGAUCAAGCACGCCGAGCAUGACACCCACGAUCUGGAGCCCUUGAGGCCCCAUGAGCUCCUGCGCCCGGCCUGUCCCCCGGACUACACCCUGGCCCUGCGGCGGGCGCCCGAUGACGUCCCGCUCAUGACGCCCAACACCAUCACCAUGAUCCCUAGCACCAUCACAGGCAUCCAGGCAUUGCACCCAUUCAACACUUUCCCAGCUGGCCACAAUCCCACUCCACCACGCGUGUAUAGUGGCCUCCCCCCUCCCCCUGCCCCCUUGUCCCCCUUCCUCAGCUCCCCAUGGCACCAGGGAAUCCAGGCGUCCAACAGCAAAUGGAUACCGCCAAGGUCCUUCCAACAGGGAGGCACCAUGGGCCACCCCCUGCCCUUAGGAGGUCCCAGCAUGGUCGCCACUCCGGGUAACGGUGACCACGUCAUGUCCUUCCCAGAUGGCGGAUGGGGGACAUCAACUGCCCAUUGGGUGGGAGCCACCCAAUGGCCAUCCAAGAUGGCAGAGAGGGGAUGCCAACGCCCGUUGGGUGGGAGCCGCUCAGUGGCCAUCCAAGAUGGCAGACAAGGGACACCAGCUGCCCGUUAGGUGGGAGCCACCCAAUGGCCAUCCAAGAUGGUGGAGAGAGGUCGCCAGCCACCCACUGACUCUUCUGGAUGGUGGUCAUCCAACACGGCAGAAGGGGAUGCCCGCCAUGCCAUUGGCUGGACCCAAUGCUAUCCCAAGAGGCUGCCAGCCCCCUACGGCAUGGGGCUGAGAGACCCCCUCCCCCCCGCUGUUGCCACGGAGCCCAAGGGGGGUCUCAGGGAGGGGG